AUGUUCUUUAGUGAAACUCUAUUUCCCGAAAACUCUACACAAGACCAAGGACCUUCUACCCGGCCUGAUUAUUCAACAAGAUACAAGUCACGGAAGAAUAAGCACCAGCGCAAGAAACAAAAGUUAGUCGGAGAGCUUGAAAAGGAAUACGAGGAUCUAUUAAUAUUUGGAUACGAGUCUAAAGUAUUUAAAGAUGACGAAAUGGCACAGAAAGUCAAUACUGGAGAGUUGUUAAUACCGUGGAGGGGUGAGACGCAGAAUGUUAUUUUGUUGGAUAGAUAUGAUGUACGGAAUCUUCUUGACGAUCGUGGACAGUUCCGUAAAGGAGUAUAUACAUUAACAAAAACGGUAGAGGAAAUUGAAGAAGACCGAUUGUGUGAGGAAGAGCGGUGGGCUGAUUUGGAUUCGGAUGCGGAAGAUUUAUAUUAUUUGGAGGAGGAAGAGAGGGAGCCUUAUAUUGAGGAGAAGCGAAGACAGAAGCAGAGAGCAGCAGAGGGGAACGAGAUUAGCUAUGAUUAUUCUGAAGGAGUUGAAAAACAAAACGAAUGCAAAGAGGGAGAUGAAGAAGGGCCGAAAGAUGAGAACCAAUCUGCAACUGGGGAGGCUUAUGUAGCCAAAUUUACUGUUCCUGAGGGAAUGGCAACAGAGGAAGAAGAAGAACAUCAUAUGAAUCAAGGGGCAUUGAUUUGCUCCAUUCUUAUGAUCUCGUUAAUUGGAUCUCCAUACACGUUCUAUCGGGCUGUCUUGAUGCAUCCGUCUGACCAGCGUAUAGAUGAAAUCGUCGAACGCACAGCUAGGUUCCUCAAUACGAGCAAUGAUGCACAGAUGGAAAUAGUCAUCCAAGCCAAGCAAGCAAAUAACCCUAGCUUUUCAUUUUUAAACAAAGACGAUCCGUUAUAUCCUUACUAUCGUCAUGUACGGGUGCAGCUAAGGAUUGGAUUGUUCGAUUAUGGUGGUAGCGACAAUGAAGAUGAGGUUGCGGCUGCUGCAGUCGAGGGAGGGGAAGAGUCGGAGGAUAAGAGGAAGGAUGCAGAGGUAAAGAGCGAGGGUGAAGCUGAGGAUGAUGGAGAGAAUGAAAACGAAGACAAGAAAAAGACAGAGGAGGUUACGAAAGAUGGGAAUGAAGUAGCAGAGGAAGAAAAACCAGAGACGAGUGAUGAGAAUAGGACUAUACUCGAUGCUCUCGACGAUUAUUAUUUGGAAUUCUGUGCCACGUCCGAAACUCCAUGGAGAUCAAAGUCACGAGGGAUAUCCAAACACAUUGGACCUGUCGUUGUUCCGCCUCUAGAUGUGCGAGAAAUAAUCGACAAAACAUCCAUGUAUGUUGCAAGAUGCGGGCCCUGUCUGGAAACGAAAAUACGGGAGAAACAUAUAUAUGAUUCCAAGUUUAGUUUUCUGUUGCCAUGGGACCAAUUCUAUCCUUACUAUAAGCAAAAGAUUGAAGAUGAGAGAGCCAUCACUGAUGCUGAAUGGCGACAGCAAAAGGAGGAGCAGCAAGACACAACAAAGUUUAAAGAGUGGAUUGAUCUGUCAGAGCAGAAUGGGGUGCACCUGCAGAGAGGGGAUAAUAGGAAGCGUUUGAACGUAAAUGCAUUUCCAGAGCAGAGGGACAACAACACACUGGGAAGGGAUAGAUCGGUUAUAACUAUCUGUUAUGAUUUCAGCAUCGGUCAUCACUGUGCGUCAACCGGCGGUGCAAUACCUCUUGUCCUACUAUUCAGCCCUGCAAGCGCCACGGAGUAUGAUCAUAGAACAGUUCAAAACUCGGAAUUUGCGCGCAUUCCCAUAACCUGCUCAUAUUCCUCGGCGACCAUAACUCUCACUCAGCGGAUCCAUCGACUAUAUCAGUUCAAAGAAAUAGUUGGGCGCUGUGAUGGUCGCCCGGAAGAAGUUGACAAUUGCCAAGAUGUAGGAGCUUGUAUCGACAUGCGAGAAGAGCGUUCACUCCAAGAGAUGUAG